AGUGCGUCAUAUUGCCGCUAGCUCGUCAAAUUGCAGUAGUAAAAUAAAUAAAUAAAAAAUUAAAAAAAUUAAUUUACAAUGAGCCUAAGCUUAGUACGUAAACGAAAAAGUGAUAGCGCAAUUAAUGAAUCUCGACACAAUGCAGUUCCAAACAAAAGGCGGCAUUGCAAUGAUAAUUCACAACAUCACAAUUCAUCUCAAUCACAACGCAUAAAUGCAAGUGACAAUGAAAAUACUAAACGCUGCGGAAAACUUUUGCGUAUGCAUUUAACAAAUUUUAUGUGCCAUUCCAACCUAUUGGUAGAGUUCCAUUCGCGCGUAAAUUUUCUUGUUGGUAGUAAUGGAAGUGGUAAAAGUGCUGUACUAGCCGCUCUGGUGCUAGGAUUAGGAGGAAGUGCUAAAACGACAAACAGAUCACGUAGUGCCAAAGCUUUUAUAAAGAAUGGCGAGUCAACGGCUAAAAUUGAAAUUGUCAUGGCUAACGAUGGUCCUCAACCCUAUGAGCCAGAAACUUAUGGAGAUAAAAUAACAGUUGUGCGUACAAUUUCUAUGACUUCGGGAUCAUAUGUCAUAAAAGAUGCUAACGGACAUGUUGUUAGUAAAAAAGUAGAUGAUUUACAUCGUAUACUUAUGUACCACAAUGUGCAAGUGGAUAACCCUGUUUUUGUUUUAAAUCAAGACAGCGCUCGAGAAUUCCUUAAGGAUUUGGAGCCAUCCAAAAACUAUAAACUAUUCCUUAAGGCCACACAAAUUGAUGUUGUUCUGGAAAAAUUGAACGAUUCCCUUCAUCUUCAUAGGACACAUGUGCAAGAAAUAAAAAACUACGAAAUGAAAUUAAAAAGAGAAAGGGAGGAUAUUGAAGAGCAUGAAGGAAAAUUAGAAGAACUUCUCUCGUUUGAAAAACUAAAGGACGUUUUGAACCAAAAACAAACAGAGCACGCAUGGCUCCUAGUUAACCUGUUGGAAACGAAACUGCAAGAAGUUGACGACAAACUUGAAAAAUAUAAAAGGAAAGAACUAGAACUUCAAAAUUUGAUUCAAAACAAGGAUGAAGUGAAUAAAGUUUUGGAGGAAGAGAUAAGAACACAUAAUGAGGUUAUUGCAACAAAAAACCAUGGUUAUGACCAAGAAAAUCGAAUGUGCCGAGAAAUUAAAAAUAAAAUUGAAGCCAUCAACAAACGGAUGGGGGAUGUUAAAAGCACUCAGGAUUCACUGAAAAAGAAAAAAUCUCGUCUUGAGAAGCAAAUAGAAGAUAUAAAAAAAUAUACAGAGGAACGUUCAAAAGGAAAUCAAGAUGAUGUUGAUUCUUUGCGAGCUCAAAAUGAAAAGCAGAUUGCUGAAUAUCGCAGACAAUGCGAAAAUGAUAUAGUACCAACGAUUGAAAACAUCAAACGUGAACUGAAACUUCAAGUAGAUAGCAAAUCACAAAAAGAGCAAGUCGUAAAUGAGAUAAAACGUCGCCAAAAGGAUUGUGCGGAUGAGAUACGUCUUCGCAACGCUAACAUUGCCAAUGUCAAAGCUAGUGCUAAAAAUAAAAUAUUAAUCUAUGGAAAUCAUAUGAAUGACCUUAUAAAUGAUAUUAAGAGAGCACAUCAAAAAGGCAUGUUUUCAAAGCUACCAAGAGGACCUCUAGGCAGUUAUGUAGAAGUGCCUAAUAGCGAAUUUCGUGAUGUGGUUGAAAGUGUUAUAGGUGCUGGGUUACUGGGGGCAUUCCUGGUAAACAGCACCAGUGAUAGGCAAGUAUUGGAGAAAAUUUUAGCCAAAUAUCAAGCUAAGCGGCCUAUGAUAAUAACAACUAAAUUUGCAGAAGCGGUAUAUGACGUAAGCAAAGGUUGUGUUAGUCCACCUAAGGGUACACGUUUGCUUUUACAAGAGAUUAGAUGUCAAGAUCCUGUUGUUAUGAAUUGUCUUAUUGAUCGUGUUCGCAUUGAGUCCAUAUUAUUGGCCAACAAUAAAGAUAUUGCUGAAGCCAUUACAUCGGAACGAGAAAAUGUACCUAGAAAUCUUUGCAAAGUCAUUGUGCUUAGAGAAUCAAAUUUGACUUUGGAAUAUCAUCCUGUACCAAAUUAUCGAAUGUACUCCAACAGAAUAAGACAAGCGAGUUUUGUACAAGUGAACAUAGAAGAACGUCUUAGACAUUUGGAAAAUGAAAAACUAUCUUUAGAAAACAAAUACAAAGGUUUUGAAAAUGAUCUCAGCCAUAUUGCACAACAAAUACCCCAAGAUGCUAAACUUAUAAUGGAGAAGCGUGAUUUAUUGGCGAAGAAAGAGAAUACCCGCCGAGAGAUUUUGGAAAAAAUCACCGAAUUAGAAGGCGUUGAGUACGCUGAUUAUAGCAACGAAGUAGAAUUAUUGAAAAAAGAAAUGGAAGAGACUGAAACCCGUUUGAAGGAGGUAGAAGAAAGACUAUCACAAACUCGAAUCAAUUUAACUGAUAUUGCCAAUGAAAAAGACGAUUUAAAAGACGAACUAUCGUCCAAAGAAAGCAAUCUUCAGCAAAUUAAAAUCGAAAUUGAUGAACUAAAGGCUAAAGCCGAUGAAGUGAAAAUGAAGCUUCGCAGCAUUAAUAGUAAUGAUACCUCAAAUCGUAACAAACUAAACGAAAUACAGGAGGUGAUUAAGAAAAUAAGCAAGGAUAGACAAGAAUUAUCAAAGAAACUGGGAAAUUAUAUGGAAGCGGCCACAGAGAAGGGAGAACGCAUUGAUACUGAGCUCAGCACAGAAGAGCUGGAAGAGGAAAUAUCAAAGAUAAAGGCCAAAUUAAAACAUGGCAAACCAGUUAGUCUUGAUCCGCAGUCAAUGCAAGAGCUUAUAAAGACAAAGAAAGAGGCACUUGAGGCCAGCCAAGGCAAUUUUGACAAUAUAAAAAGUUCGGUGUUAACGCUACGAAAGUCUUUAAAGUUUCGCUUUGAUUUUUUGAAAAAGUUGAAAGAACACAUGGCUUUGCUUUUGCAACUAUCAUUUAGUAUGAUUUUAAAAUUACGAAACUUUGAAGGUUCUUUGGAUGUAGAUCAUCAGGAGAAAACUUUAAAGCUGUCUGUUGUACCUAGAGAUCAUAAUAAAAAUGCAGUAUCUAGCACAAAAUCUUUGUCGGGAGGAGAGCGUUCAUAUAGCACAGUGGCUUUUCUCAUAUCACUUUGGUCUUGUGUAGAUCAUCCAUUCUAUUUCUUGGAUGAGUAUGAUGUCUUUACGGAUGAAGUAAAUCGUGAAUAUAUGACUCGUUUAUUGGUUGAUGAAGGUCGCAAGCGUCCGCUUCGACAGUAUUCAUUUUUAACUCCGCAGGAUAUGGCUUUAAUGUCCGAGGACUUUAUAAAAAUUCUAAGACUAGGCGAACCAGAUCGUGGUUAAGCAAACUGCAAACAAUUGAACAUUUAAGCAACCGGAUUUGCAUAUGAAACCUUUGGAUUGAAUACAAAACUUUAUGUAUAAUUUUAUUCUUUUCAAUACAAUUACUGGUCUAGUGUAAUCGUAUAUCGCAGUAUUAGUAACUUUGCAAAUGUAUGUUGGGGGUAAAUGUAUACAUAAUGUUCUAAAUGUUAUGUCAGUUUUAUACCAAACAUUUUAGUGUAUUUACAUAAUACGUUUAUUUUAUGUUUUGAAGUAGUUGUUUUCAUUUAUGUUUAUUCCCUGUAUGAAGCAAUUUUUAUUUUAUAUCUUAUAUAAUACAUUUUAGAAAAUA